AUGAAGACCCGCCCGGUUGUGGAGGUGAUUCCAGAGAUCCUGGAAUACAAAUUAGAGUACACUCCAGACCUCCGGUGUGAGAAGCAGACAGACUUGGUGCCUGUUUGCCAUAGCUGCAAGUCCUGCAUCUUGUCCUGGAAGACGUUCUCCACCCGAGAGUGGUUUGUGAGGGCUGGCCAAGCUUCACAGAGGCAGUUCUUGGUGGGGAUCAUCAAACGAUUCAAAAGCCAAGACCUCUUGAACUACACCUGGAAUUUACUACAGUCUACCAACACCAAGGAUUUCACAUAUUCCCGUUCCAGCGUCAACUCUGACUUCACAUCCUCUUCCACCUUGGAUCGGGCACUGGAUCCACAGAAAGUGGAGCACUCUAUGGCAAGCCUCUGGAAGUGGUUCUUGAAUGCCAGUUUCUGGACCAAAGCAAACUACAUAUUGCUUUUGCUGCAGAUGUGUGAUGCACCAUUGCUGUUGAUGGCUGCUAGCCUGAUUCGUAGCCUCCUAAGCGAAGAUAAGAAGAUCGUCUCCCCCCAAAAGGUGGAAUCAGGUGAAGAACAAGUAGAAGAUGUCAUGUUUCCUCUGGAGCGGGAAAAAUGUAGCUCCCAGGUUAUGAGUCAGAUUGCAUCUCAAGCCACUGGCAUUUCUUCUGUCUCUGAAAACUAUCUUCCUUCAGAGAAGAGUACCGCAUUUGGUAAUCUAUGUAUGCAAAGGCUUUGGUCCAAAGAGUCAGGUCAGCUAUCUGACUUCCCAUCGGAGGACAUGGAUGAAACCAGUCAAUAUUCAGUUGUACUGAAUGGCACAGCCCCUGUGCCCACCUCUCUCCAGAAGAUCCCUAACGUCAAUAAGUUCAAGGACUUCAUUCGCUGCCUGCCCAUCCACCUGUCCAAGCAUAUCUUGAAUAUGCUGGACUCAAAAUCCCUGAUCAAAUGCAGCUAUGUGAGUCCACACUGGAAGUUCCUAGUCAAACAAAUCAGGAAGGACAUUAUAUCAAAACGUUCCCUCCGAAGUGAAAUUGUGUUCUUGCAGGGGUCACGCCUUAAAGGAAUAAUUCCCAACUAUGCCAAAAUAGUCAAGGUUGCCAUUCCUAAGAUAAAUGAAGAUGGUGAUAUAGUCCCAUUCAGAAGCAAGUACAAGCAAAUAUUCAAGGAGUAUGAACACUUGCACAAAGCUUAUCAUGGUCAAGAGACGGACAUUGUCAAGUUAGAAGAAAGGAAUGUUUUCUGUAGCAGCUAUAAUGUCCGUGUUCUAGUAGACAGUAUAGAUCCCAGCAGGGUGAUUCACUACAGUGGUGGAAAUUUGCUGGCCAUUGGUUCUGCAGACCGAAAAAUCCAUUUUCUGAAUGUGAAUGACCUGAAGCCGCUCCCUCGUAUCCUUUAUGGACAUGCUGGUAGCAUUCGGGCCUUAUACCUCAAUGAACAGAAAGGGUUCAUUCUGAGUGGCAGCUAUGAUCUCAGCAUCAGAAUGUGGAAUAUCCUCACUGGGUCUUGUGAGAAAAUUUUUAACGGCCAUUCAGGGAGCAUCACUUGCUUGGAUUUGUACAAAAACAAAUUUGUGUCCGGAUCCAAAGACCGCACAGCAAAAAUGUGGAGUAUAGAUACUGGGAAAUGCCUUAAGACCUUUUCGCACAAAGGUAUUGUUUGGGCAGCUAAAAUGAAUGACACUCAUGUUGUGAGUGCCUGUGACAGCGGUGAAGUAAAAGUGUGGCAUGCAGAAACAUGCAUAUUGAUCAAGACUUUAGAAGGUCACCUAGGUCCUGUGAACUGUCUGACAUUUGAUGAGUGGCAUCUUGUGACAGGAAGCAGUGAUUGCUAUAUCCUGGGAUGGAGCAUGCUAGGAAAACACAAGAGAUGCCUAGUGGCUUUCAGACACCCCAUGGAGGUUCUAUACCUGGGAUUUCUCUAUCUGAGAGUCAUCAGUGGCUGUGCUGAUGGGAAGAUACGCAUAUUUAACUUCCUGACUGGGACCUGUCUGAGGGUUUUGAGAGCCAAUAGUAGAGGUGACCCUGUGGUGUCCUUCUGUAUUGCAGAAAACAAACUAUUGAUCAACGCACAAGGCAGUGUUGUUUUGUUCCUGUUUGAGGAGGUGAAGUGGGACCAUUCACAAGGUGCUGAACAACUAAUUAAAAAAAAAGAAAGAAGCAAAUUCGAUGACCUACCAUUCCCAAAAAAGGCAUCUCUAUAUUCACAUUCCAAUUGGCAGAGGCAGGCCAAGAAGAAGAACUGGAAACUUUAUAGUCCAGAGAGUGAUAACACAAUGCUUUCUUAUUACAUUACCCGGAAGUCUGCCAGAGAUUCCAGAGACCCUGCAGCCCUGGUUUAUGAAAUGGUGAAGAUACCUCCACCCAGGGGUAGGGAGAAUGUGGUAUCCCUGGAGAUGACGACAGAUGAGAAACGCAGACUCUCUUCUUUUGCCCUGAGACACAACUUGGAGGAUCCACAGCCCGAGUCUCCUGCUCCUGUCUCAUCUGGCGAAAAUGCUGAAGCUUUCAUUAAGCACAUAAAGAAAAAACGUCCUCUUCAUUCCAUGUCUAAUGACCAGAUACUCCUCGCCAUCGGCACAAUGCAGCAUGCCUACAAGAAUGACCAUGUCAGUGCCAACAUGGCCUUCAAUAUGAAAAUCAAAGACGCUUGGGGGCCUGUGCCCCUCCAGAAAGAUCACCCCAAGGUUACUCUGGUCCUCCAUAGUCCAAAGCAACAGAAAAAGGAGCCAUCAACGCAGCUGAAAGAACUGAAGGCUGCCUGUGGCUCUAUAGGUAUAGAAAGGAUUUCCACACCCUAUGAAACCAAAACAUUGCAGCUCAAUUUAAAGAACUCCUUGCUUGGGGGUGGUGUGAAGUCCUUCAUUCCUGCCCCCACGAUUACACGUUCCAAGUCUUGCAGCAGCUUGUUAGGAGAAAAGAAGGAUUCUACUAGCCAAGCCAAGAUCCCAUCUCCACCUACCACUGGGGUACAGAUCAUUGGUAACUUUACAACCUCCUCUGGAUGCAUCAAAGUACCCCGGAUGAAGAUUGCACGACCUGCUACAGAAGUAAGCUCACCGCGAACAAAGCUCUUCUUUGCCCACACCCCAAACCCAUACCGGCACAAUGCUGGGUUCAGGCUUUUGACAACACAACAAAUGAAAAAGUAUGACGAAGCUAAGAUAUCUGAGUAUCAGGCAAUCAAGACGAAGGUUAUAGCAAACAGGAAAAAAGAGUGUAAGAACGCCUGGUUAAGGAAAAUUAAAGGUCUUCCCAUAGAUGAUUUCACAAAGGAGAACAAAAUUGCUGCCCCUGAACUUGGAGAGAAUGUUUUCCUCUGA